AUGACCAAAGCUUACGAUAGGCUUUCCUGGAUAUUCAUGACUGAAGUGUUGAGAAAAACGGGCUUUUGUGAAAGGUUCAUUGGUGUAGUGUUUGGCAUUAUGUCUAACAGCUGGUAUUCAAUUUUAAUUAAUGGCCAGCCGUAUGAAUUUUUUAAGUCCACCAGAGGAGUUAAGCAAGGGGACCCCUUGUCACCUACAUUAUUCAUUUUAGCUGCUGAAGCUAUGUCUAGAGGUUUGAGUGCUCUUCAUCUAAGCUUAUACUUUUGUGGAUUUGGCUUGCCAAAGUGGAGUCCUAAGGUUAAUUAUCUAGUGUAUAUUGAUGAUACUAUCAUCUUCUCAUCAUCUGAUGCUACUUCAUUACAACUAAUUAUGGAGGUGUUGACUUCCUAUGAGGUAGCUUCUAGACAAUUAAUUAAUAAGGCAAAAUCAGCAAUCUAUAUGCAUCAUUCAACAAGUUUGGAGGUUUUGAACAAGGUGCAAAGAGUGACUAGAAUUGGCAAGCAGGAAUUUUCUUUCACUUACCUAGGCUGUCCAAUCUUUUAUGCUAGAAGAAAAAUGGACUACUAUCAGGGGCUUGUUAAUAAAGUGCUUGACAAGCUUCAAUCAUGGAAAGGCUUGGGAUCAUUGUACUUUGUUACUCCUCCAGACUUCUAUUGUGAUGAAUCUAUCCACAACGUAUAUGAUGUGAUAGUAGAUGGCUCGUGGGAUGAAGGUAGGCUACUGGAUAUUCUUCCUCAAGAGCUAGCACUUCAUGUAACUGAGAACAUCAAACGUCCUGUACUACAUAAUGAAUUUCAUAGACUAUACUGGACGUUGGAUACUAGGGGCAACUUCACUGUUAAAACUGCCUGGGACUAUAUUAGAAGGAGAAGAGAUUCUAGUGUUGCUUACAAAAAUAUAUGGGUGAGAGGUUUGCCUUUUAAGAUAGCCUUCUUCAUGUGGAAGGUUUGGAAAGGCAAGUUACCUUUUGAUGACUAUGUUAGAAUACUGCGAUAUUUCAUGCCAUCCAAAUGCAUUAAUAUGGAAGGAUUGUUGAUGCAGCAGACAAUUCUAAAAUGUUGGGCAGCUCAGGUGGUACCUAGAUUAAAGUCUAUACUCCAGGCUUUACCUUUGAUUAUAGUGUGGGAACUUUGGAAAAGAAAGAAUAGCUAUAAGUAUGGGGAGGCAGUGACAGUAAGUAGGGUGAUUUACCAGAUCUCAUCUACACUACAAGAUCUGGUAAGACUAAGAAAAUCAAGUUUACAAAAUGUUCCUCAUAAAUGGCCAGAUUUGCUACAUGUAAUGGAGCACUACAUGCAAAAGUUGAAAGUGACUAAAGUCUUAUGGGAAUUACCUGAACAAUAUUGGGUGAAGGUGAAUACUGAUGGGACAUCAAGGGGAAAUUCAAGAAGGAGUUAUUUUGGUUUUGUGUUGAGAGAUGAAUAUGGUGAUAUUCUGCAUGCACAUGGAAAGGAGAUCCAUGAAGGGACGAACACUGAAGCUGAAGCUGUGGCUAUGCUAGAAGCACUGAAGUAUUGCGUGCAACAUGGUUACACACACUUUAUACUCCAAACUGAUUCCAUGAUGUUGAAGAAUGUGGUGGAGGGAAUUUGGGUUGUACCAUGGAUAAUUGCAACACAGGUAGAGGAGAUCAAAGACAUUAUGGGGAAAUACAAUAUAAGAAUAUCACAUAUUAUGAGAGAGAGUAAUAAACUGGCUGAUUACUUAGCCAACUAUGCUUUGGAUAGAGGAAAUGUUACUGUAUCCAUGUCUUACUACUUAAUACAAAUUCAGUGGGCGGUAUUAGCACCUAGUGCUCAUUCCCUUGAAGGAGUAUUAGUAGUAGCCAUAAGCAUGGAAGCAAGGAGGAACUCCAGUAUACAAGGGUCGACAUACAGUCAUCGAAAGAUGGCUUGUGACAUCCAAGACCCUAGUGCUUCAAUCCUUCAUCUGAACACCAAUAAUUUUACCAUGAAUUUACAAGAAAAGGAUUCACAAUACUGGAGGCUUUUGGCAUUCAAAAAUGGGAUCAAUGGUUGCAUUGUGGAGAAAAACCCCAAUGCAUUUCAUUCACUCUAUAUCCCAGGAAUGGAUCCAAACAAAUGUUUCGAUAGAUCAAUGCUGGAGUCCACAUGA